AUUGCCUCGUGCCCGCGCCGGUCGGUUGGUGGCGCCUUUGUCCUACGGCGGGCAGGUGGGCUGAGGCGCAAGCGACAGCGGCGGGCCUGAGGCGAAGGAGCGGAAGGGAGCCCGCCGCGCUGGUAGCGAUAUUAAUAAGGCAGCGGAAAGAAGAAAUAUGAAUACGGCUCCAUCAAGACCCAGCCCCACACGAAGGGAUCCAUAUGGCUUUGGAGACAGUCGAGAUACAAGACGUGAUCGAUCUCCAAUUCGAGGAAGUCCAAGAAGAGAGCCCAGGGAUGGCAGAAAUGGCCGGGAUGCCCGGGAUAGAGACAUUCGAGAUCCCCGAGACUUGCGGGAGCACAGAGACAGCAGGGACAUUCGGGAUCACAGAGACAGCAGAAGUAUGCGCGAUGCUCGGGACAUGAGGGAUCUUAGAGACUUUCGUGACCUAAGAGACUCUAGAGAUUUUCGAGAUCACCGGGACCCCAUGUAUGAUCGAUACAGAGACAUGAGGGAUUCUCGGGACCCCAUGUACAGAAGAGAAGGCUCUUACGACCGAUACCUGCGGAUGGAUGACUAUUGCAGGAGAAAGGAUGACUCUUACUUUGACCGUUACAGAGACAGCUUUGAUGGACGAGGACCUCCUGGCCCGGAAAGUCAGUCUCGUGCAAAAGAGCGUUUGAAACGUGAGGAACGACGUAGAGAAGAGCUUUAUCGUCAAUAUUUUGAGGAAAUCCAGAGACGCUUCGAUGCAGAGAGACCUGUGGAUUGUUCUGUGAUUGUAGUCAACAAGCAGACAAAAGAUUAUGCUGAGUCUGUUGGAAGGAAGGUGCGAGACCUAGGCAUGGUUGUGGACUUGAUCUUCCUCAACACAGAGGUGUCACUGUCACAAGCCUUGGAGGAUGUUAGCAGGGGAGGGUCUCCUUUUGCUAUUGUCAUCACCCAGCAACACCAGAUUCAUCGUUCCUGUACAGUCAACAUCAUGUUUGGAACUCCACAAGAGCAUCGCAACAUGCCGCAGGCAGAUGCCAUGGUGCUAGUGGCCAGAAAUUAUGAGCGCUACAAGAAUGAGUGCCGCGAGAAGGAACGUGAGGAGAUUGCCAGACAGGCAGCCAAGAUGGCCGAUGAAGCCAUCCUACAGGAAAGAGAGCGAGGAGGCCCCGAGGAGGGAGUGCGUGGGGGGCACCCUCCAGCUAUUCAGAGCCUCAUCAACCUGCUGGCAGACAACAGAUACCUCACUGCUGAAGAGACUGACAAGAUCAUCAACUACCUGCGAGAGCGGAAGGAGCGGCUUAUGAGGAGCAGCACCGACUCUCUGCCUGGUGAGCUACGUGGCAGGGCCGAGGCCCGAUUUCCCGCCAACCACUCGGGGCGACCUCGGGUGCCUCGCUGAAGACACAGCCAAGCUCCCAACAGCUCCAAAGCGGUCAAGUGCUCCCCUCUGCUACACCCACUCCAACUGCACCCCCCACCUCCCAGCAAGAGCUUCAGGCCAAAAUCCUCAGCCUCUUCAAUAGUGGUACGGUUGUGGCCAGCAGCAGCUCUGCAUCCCCCUCAGUUGCUGCCGGAAGCACCCAGAACCAGAAUUUUUCCACAGCAGCCAACAACCAGCCUCAGCCAAGAUCACAGGCCUCUGGCAAUCAGCCUCCAAACAUUUUGGGACAGGCAGGAUCUGCUCGGAACAUGGGCCCCAGGCCUGGGGCUCCUUCCCAAGGGCUCUUUGGCCAGCCUUCCAGCCGCCUGGCACCUGCCAGCAACAUGGUUGGCCAGAGGCCUGUGUCUUCCACAGGUAUUAACUUUGACAAUCCAAGUGUACAGAAGGCUCUGGACACCCUGAUCCAGAGUGGCCCUGCUCUAUCCCACCUGGUUAGCCAAACUGCAGUACAGGUGGGGCGGCCCCAGGCCCCCAUGGGAUCUUACCAGAGGCAUUACUGAGGCUCAAUCGUUCCACUAUCCCCAGCCCCCUCCUCUCCUGGCCUCCUCCCACUUCAUUCUAAGUAGAGUUGUUUGGAGGAUGUUCUUUGAGCUUUCCAGGUCUACAUCAAAUGUCCUAAGUUUCUACCACCUGCUCUAUCUUCUACCCAAGGCUGUGUUGCUUAUUAACAGAAUCAAUUUACACCGCAUUUGGGGGUAUAUCGUUUCGGUAGAAAAUAAAUGUCUGGGGUUGCUUGGGCAGUAUGGGUGUCUGGGCUCAGUUUGCAAGUGAUGGCGUUUCUCUGGUCCCUGUCUGCUGGAUUUGAAAGGAAGAAGCCAAGCCCCAGCUGGCUGAGUUUGGAGAUGCCAUUUGUCCUGUCAGUAGCCACCACCUUUCUUCAUUUUGAACCUACCAAGGCUUUCCACCUCAUACACAUCACCCAGAGCUGAGUUCCUGUCUAGGUUUGCAGAGGAGCAGAUCAGGCCUGGCAGGCACAGUGUCAUUGUGCCCCAUCCCACGUUCUCAAGGACUCAGAUCAGCUGCCCUAGAAGCCACAGAAAGAGGAGUUCUGCCUCUGUCAGGGUGAUGGUUUUUUGGGAGUCAUUUUGGUUAUCCAUUUUUUUGUUUCAUUUUCAUUUUGUUGGAGAUCUCCAGAGGACUGAACAGCUCAGCUCACCAGCAGUUUGACACAAACUGUGAACCUGAACCCCACCACUCUUCCUCCAUAUUUCUGUCAGCACCUGUGAGUCAGCUCUGAGAAGGAAGCUCUAGUCUGGCAGUGGACACUUCAUCUUUUCAGUGAUUUGUUUUGAGCUUUUGGUUCAAACACCCCAGGUGUUUUGUUUUCUUCUACACUCUUGUUCUGUUUUGUGAGCAGCAGGAGGUAGGGACCAUUUUGAUGUCAGACUUUUGGUUACCUGGAUGUGUUCUUGAUACAGACGGCGUUCAUAACUUUUGAGCCAGAAUGAGAUUGUUAGAGGGAGGGCAGCUGGCUGCUGCUCUGAAUGGAGCCAAAGGAAGCUGCCCUCUCCCUGGGGAUUGUGCUGUAGAGAGCCCUGUGGAUCAAGUCUUUGGGGGGGGCCCUGGCAGGGUGAGGGAGAGCAGUGACUGCAGCUGAGUCCCCGCCAGUGGCUGAGCAAACAAUGGUUUUAAAACUCAAGGUCCCCAAAUGGCAGCAGUUAAUGUUCUGAUCUGUUUGUGUUAUAUAGUGUUUUGUUUUGUUUUGUUUUUUCCCUCUUUGGAACUCUUGUGUUGUUUAAAAAAAAAUGAAAUGAUUACUUUUUAAUUAAAAUGA